GUUAAAGCUAUCUGCAUGACUCCCAUCCACAGAUAUCAACGUUUCAAGUUACAGAAAGAAGGAAGUGGGAACUGCAGAGGAAGGAGUACACUGGAAGGGCAUCUCAGGUCAGAUAAGAAAACUCAUGCGGUGAAGGAGGAUCAUGUGUUACGGCGCAGGUUUUCACUCUGUAGUGGAUUGGCAACACCACAGAAAAUCGACCCUCGCAAGUUGACCCGAAACUCUUCUUUUGGAGGUUACAAUGGGAUUUCUCCUUUGACUCCAGACUCUGAGAUGGAAAAUAAUGGAUUUUCAGCUCUUACCGAUGAAGUCACUUCAACGCCCAUCUCCAGCAGUAAGUCUGAUUCAAAGUUGUACAACGGCUAUAACAAAGACUGUGUAUCCCACAUCUCUAAACUCACCAAGAAAGAAUCUUUGAAGGUUCAGAAGAAAAAUUACAGACAGGAGAAGAAAAGGGCCAGCAAGGAGAUGCUCAGUGCUUUGAAGGAUCCUUCUGUGGUUGUGAUGGAGGAUUGGCUGAAGAUCCGAGGCACUUUGAAGAGCUGGACCAGAUUCUGGUGUGUACUCAAACCUGGUGUUCUGCUAAUUUACAAAACACCCAACAAUGGCCAGUGGGUGGGGACCAUCCUUCUCAACACCUGCGAGCUCAUUGAAAGACCCUCCAAAAAAGAUGGCUUCUGUUUCAAACUAUUCCAUCCUCUGGAUCAAUCCAUCUGGGCAGUAAAGGGUCCAAAAGGUGAGAAUGUGGGAUCAAUAACACAGCCACUGCCCAGUAGUUACCUGAUCUUCCGAGCUGCCUCUGAGUCGGAUGGUCGAUGUUGGAUGGAUGCUCUGGAAUUAGCUCUGCGGUGUUCGAGUCUUCUCAAACGCAGUACAGUUAAGGAUGGUGAUCUGAACAACUCAAUGGAUGCAACUCAGUCAGGACUGUACAGUUUACUACGAGGCUUCAGUCCCACUCACCAGGAAUGCUUCGAUUCAAGCAAUGCUGAAUUGGCGAGCCACAUUCAUUACAAAGAUGUUGAUAUGUAUUCUGACAAAUCUGACCGAGAGAAUGAUCCUCGCCAUGAUGAGCUGGAAAAUGACACGAUUGACAAGAGCAGCAGGAGUGAGGAAAGUGACACAGACCUGUCCGAAAUCCAGGGGGAGAUGAGUAGGAAGGACCCGCCAGAGACGACUUACAUGGUAGAAGACUCAGAAGACUUUGGAGAAAUUGGUGAAACAACUCAGGCUGAAACUGUGACCGAAGAAAACAAGAGUUUGAUGUGGACAGUGUUGAAGCAACUCCGACCUGGAAUGGAUCUAUCUCGUGUCGUAUUACCAACAUUUAUUCUGGAGCCUCGAUCAUUCCUGGACAAAUUGUCUGACUACUACUACCACGCUGACCUACUGUCUCAAGCUGCUCUGGAAGAUAAUGCAUACAGUCGCAUGAAACAGGUUCUGCGUUGGUACCUGUCUGGGUUUUACAAGAAACCAAAGGGUCUGAAAAAACCAUACAAUCCUAUUCUGGGAGAGACUUUCCGCUGCUAUUGGUGCCACCCAAAAACUGACAGUCGGACGUUCUAUAUUGCAGAGCAGGUAUCCCAUCAUCCCCCUAUCUCCGCCUUUUACAUCAGUAACAGGAAGGACAAUUUCUGUAUUAGUGGCUCUAUCCUGGCUCGCUCCAAAUUUUAUGGGAAUUCAAUGUCUGCCAUAUUGGAUGGGAAAGCACAGCUGCGAUUCCUUAACAGACAUGAGGACUAUAUUAUCACCAUGCCAUAUGCACACUGUAAAGGGCUUUUGUAUGGAACACUAACCCUAGAGAUGGGAGGGAAGAUAACCAUUGAGUGUGAAAAAACUCAGUACAAAGCAGAGCUCGAAUUCAAACUGAAGCCUUUCCUGGGAGGCAGUGAUGCUGUGAACCAGAUUGCGGGAAAGAUAACAUUGGGAGAGGAGACACAGGCCACACUUGAGGGACACUGGGAUCGGGAUGUGUAUAUCCAUGAAAAGAAUGCUGGAUUCUCUGCUAAAUUCUGGAGUGUCACCAGUGAGAUUCGAAAACAGCGUCUAGUGCGGCAUGUUGUAUGUUUGGAGGAGCAGGACGACUUUGAGUCUGAAAGGUUGUGGCAGCAAGUGACGAGAGCAAUAAAGAACCGUGAUCAGGAACAGGCGACGCUGGAGAAAUUUAUUUUGGAGGAAGCACAACGCAAAGCUGCCAAAGAACGUAAUGAUAAGCAUGAGGAAUGGGUGUCACGACUAUUCCAGCAGGAUGUGGUGACAAAGAACUGGCGGUAUAAAUUCACAGACGUCAGUCCUUGGGAUCCAACAAAUGACAUUAUUCAAUUUGAAAAGGAUGGAAUCAUCCAGACGAACACCCGGCACAAAUCGAUAACAUUCAAGUCAACGGAUGUGAUCAGCAACAGCAGUCAAACAAGACGGCAGGCCUCUGUUCAGGAAUAUAUUGGGUGCAAAACCAGUGAUUACCCGGCACCAAAAGGGUCACAGAACACAGAGAGUAGUUGUUCGACACCAGAACCAGUACAAGAUGAUUCAUCCGAUGAGGCCAAAGCGAAGAGAACCCAACCACCAUGGGCCCCACCACCAGAAGUGAAACAGCCUGAGCUACGACUGUAUAACAGUUUGACACGCAGGAAGGAGAUAUUUCGUCCCCAGAAUGGGAAACGUGUGUUAUGGUACUGCUGUGGGCCCACUGUUUAUGAUGCUUCACACAUGGGACAUGCCAGGUCUUACAUCUCCUUUGACAUUCUGCGACGGAUUCUGAUGAAUUACUUCAAAUAUGAUGUAUUCUACUGUAUGAACAUCACAGAUGUAGAUGACAAGAUUAUCAAGCGAGCUCGACAGAAUCACCUAUUUGAACAGUACAAAGAGAAAACUUUGCCUCCUAUACAACUUCUACAGGACAUCAGUGAGGCUCUGAAGUCUUUCUCUGUGAAAUUUGCUGAAACCACUGACCCAGACAAGAAGCAGAUGCUGCAGAAAGUCAACCAAGCAGUUGAGUCAUCCCUGAAAUCCCUGGAAGAGGCGAUGCAACAAGCACUUUCCAACGGGGAGAUUACCAAACGGGCUAAGUUGCUGUUGGAUGAUUCAAAGGAUAUGUUGUCUGAUUGGCUGGAUGUUCAAUUUGGUAGUCAGGUGACUGACAAUUCCAUCUUUUCUACUCUUCCCAAGUACUGGGAGGGAGAAUAUCACAAAGACAUGGAUGCACUUAAUGUUUUGCCUGCAGAUGUUUUAACUCGAGUGAGUGAAUAUGUUCCUGAGAUUGUGCAGUUUGUUAAGCAGGUGGUUGAUAAUGGUUAUGGAUAUGUCUCCAACGGUUCGGUAUAUUUUGACACGGUGAAAUUUGACAGCAGUGAGAAGCAUUCAUAUGCCAAAUUGGUGCCUGAGGCUGUCGGAGACCAGAAAGCACUGCAUGAAGGAGAAGGUGACCUUAGUAUUUCAGCUGAUCGACUAAGUGAGAAGCACUCUCCCAAUGAUUUUGCACUGUGGAAAGCCUCCAAGCCUGGAGAACCAUCUUGGGAUUCGCCCUGGGGAAAGGGCCGCCCCGGUUGGCAUAUCGAAUGUUCAGCAAUGGCUGGCAGCAUUCUUGGAGAAUCCAUGGACAUCCACGGUGGAGGAUUUGACCUACGAUUCCCUCAUCAUGACAAUGAAUUGGCCCAGUCUGAGGCUUAUUUUGAAAAUGAUCACUGGGUUCGAUACUUCCUGCAUACUGGACACCUAACCAUAGCAGGUUGCAAGAUGUCAAAAUCUUUAAAAAACUUUAUAACUAUCAAAGACGCACUGAAUGCAAAUACAGGUCGACAGCUACGCCUAGCAUUUCUCAUGCACUCCUGGAAGGACACACUGGAUUAUUCCAGCAAUACCAUGGAGUCAGCUGUUCAGUACGAAAAGUUCUUAAAUGAGUUCUUUCUGAAUGUGAAGGAUAUUUUGCGGAGUCCCACCGAUAUAACAGGACAGUAUGAGAGGUGGCAAGAGCAGGAGUUGACACUUAAUAACCGCUUUUAUGAGAAAAAAACAGCUGUGCACAAGGCACUGUGUGAUAACAUUGACACCCAUACUGUAAUGGAAGAGCUGCGUUCCCUUGUGAGCCAAUGUAACACAUACACUGCAGCAAAGAAAAGCAACAAACAGUUACCAAAUCGGAUGCUGUUGAGGAGCAUUGCAUUGUAUCUCACUGAGAUGCUGAAGAUCUUUGGAGCAAUAGAGGGUGAAGAACCAAUUGGAUUCCCUGUUGGAAGAGGCAGCCAGAGUUUAAAUGUGGAAACCACUAUCAUGCCCUACCUCAAGGUACUAUCAGGUUUUCGUGAGAAUGUUCGACAAAUUGCCCGUGAGAAGAAAGUGAGUGAGGUUCUACAGCUGUGUGAUGACGUUCGAGAUGACAUCCUUCCAGAGCUUGGCGUUCGGUUUGAAGACCAUGAAGGAUUACCCACUGUGGUGAAAUUUGUGGACAGAGAGACAUUGCUGAAGGAGAGGGAAGAGAAGAAAAAGAUUGAAGAAGAGAAAAAGAGGAAGAAGGAAGAAGCAGCCCAGAAAAAACGAGAACAGGAGGCAGCAAAACUGGCCAAGAUGAAGAUUCCUCCCAGUGAACUGUUCAGAUCGGAAAAAGACAAAUACUCCAAAUUUGAUGACAAUGGAUUUCCAACUCAUGAUGCUGAGGGCAAAGAACUUAGCAAGGGACAGACAAAGAAACUUCGGAAGCUUUAUGAAGUUCAGGAGGAACGGUAUAAUGAAUAUUUGCGGACUUUGCAGAAUAGCAGCACCAACUAAAUGCUUUACGGUGACUUUCUGUAUAUCGAAUAAUGGAAAGAAACAACUUGAGACAUUACAAACAGUGAUUUUUUAAAAAAAUCAAAUUCUAUUCUGUAAAUGAAUAAAGAGAGACACUUUUACACUUGACCAUAAGAAAUGAACUAAUGGAAGAAAGUAAAUAGAGACUCUGAAAAGCUAAUUUUCUUCCAGUUCAACAUUAUUUAAAUAAUGUGGCUUGAGUCUGGAUGGCUUUGCCUUUCACAUCUAGGACUGCAUACAAAUACAUCCAGGUUGAAGAUAUGGAAAUUACUUUUGACCAGCUAUGAUUAAUUUUGGGCAAUCUAAGUUCAAUUUAAUUCACUGUCCAGUUGAGCGUAAUUGUCAGUAUCACAAGUCACGUGAUUAUUGGUGAAGAGAAAUAGCGAUCUGUCAAGUUGGUGAUCUUAAAGGUUGAGAUUGAAUAGAAGAUACUAUGAGUGAAUGAUUUAGGGAAAAUGACUAAAAUAUGAAGGAUUUAAUUCAGAGCAAUGAUAUCCUUUGAUCUGUGCAAAAUUUUAAAAGUACAAUUAUUGACGCUUUAGCUGUUUGCUGGUUCCAAACGGUCAUUUAUUUGUUCCAAUUCCAAACCAUGUCAUUGAAUGGAGUGUGAGGGAGAACAUGUAAAUGGUUUGAUAUUUUCCAUCUUCUGUUUAAAUAGGCGUGAUAAAUCAGUUUCUGUCCAGCAAUUACAUAUUUUGCUGCAAUUUUAAGUAAUGAUCCUUUGUUUAGUAAAUUAAGCUUUGGGCUCUGGUGUGAGUUGUUUUUGCAUGAAAAUUUGCUAUUUGUAUCACUUUUAUAUAGCAUGUUACUUGUUCAUAGAAUCAUCAAAACACAAAGAGGCGAUUAUGCAUGUUGAACUUGUGCUAUCUCUAUGCAACAGUAAGUUAGUUGCUUCCACUGCCAAACUUUCCUUAUUUUCCUACUCUAUUGAAUGCAAUGCUUCGAAUCUGCCUCCCAACAGUUUUUGGAUUGUAUUGCAAAUUUUGACCAUUCAUUCUUAAAUAAGAUUUUUCCUCA